AAUGGUUCUAGUGCCAUCUUCAUCAAUGAGCCCGUUGUAAUGGUCCUCGGAGGUCCACGAGCAAGAGUUAUGUAGCCAAAACUCAUAUUUCGCACAAAAACCAGAAGGUCAACGCCCCACUGAAGGUAUACUCCGUAUGGAGUACAGCUGUCGGUACUCUCCGAAGCAUGAGAAGCGGAGGUAGAAAAGGACCCCCAUGUGCCAACAGAUGGUCAUGCUUUAUCUACUUCUGCAGGGAAAAUUCCGCACACUUGCUUCUCCAAUCCUCGUUCUUAAUCUACUUGAUGGACGUUGGAAACCGACAGACCAAGUCAACAGACCAAUUGGUGAAAGCCAGCGACCGUCUUGCCCUCUACCAGAAACAGCUCCUUCAAGCCUCCGGCCCAUCACCGCAAACCACUUCUUCCAGUCGCAGUAUCUCAACCGCCGCACAGGCAGCUAAUCAAAUGUCUCGCGAUCCCAUUACCUGCCAUGUCCUAAACACCCUGACGGGUACCCCAGCCGCAAACCUCCCAGUAACGCUGACAUUCCUCGGGAGCAGCAAUGGCAACAACACCAGCCAAAGCCCCGUCACAUUCAGCGCAACGACGGACGCAGAUGGACGUGUGAAGAACUGGACUGCCACCGCCGCGACAACUACGACGGUUUCCGGGGUGCUUUCAUCGCUGCCGACUGCGGAUAGCAAGACGAACUGGGCGGUGCGUUUUGAGGUUGGGCCGUGGUAUGAAGCGCAGGGGAUCGAGAGUUUCUGGCCGGAGGUGGAGGUGAAGUUUACAGUGAAGGGACGUGGACGGGAGGGAGAGGAGGGUUGGCGUCACUAUCAUGUGCCGGUGCUUCUGGGGCCUUGGAAUUAUUCUACUUAUCGGGGUUCUUAAAAUGAGACCGUUGAUGGCUAUCAUGGUUUGAUGGUUUGAUAGUGGAUCGUUAGUUCCUCUUUAUUUUCCUUUUUCUGAUUGUGGAGCGCGCACAGUGACGUAUCUGGAGAAGCUCUAAAAUGAUGAAACAGGGACAGCCAGAGGUAGUCCGUCCAUCAUAUCUUUAAGAUGGGGUAGUCAAAAUGCUGCAAUUGAAUAUGCAUUUCUAGUGA